AUGUCCAGCUCACUUUCAACUCACCCUGCAGUCCAAGAUCCAAUUCCAUUGUUUUUUUUCACCUACAAUUGCAAUCAACAAGAUAUAAUACCAGAGGUGUUUAAAUCGAAACUACUUCAGAUUCUACCUGACCAAUUGUCAUCUCUUUAUGUCUUUGGGUUUCAAGAGUUUUGCACCGUAUUGGAGGGGCUAUUCCCAUUUUCGGCCAAUCCCAAGCUAAUCCAAUUAAAUCAGUUAUUGCAGCUGGCGUUACACGAGAAGUACCAACAACCCACUGGCUUUCUGACAAUAUCGCUGACUUUUGUUGGAGCUAUAGGCAUGAUAAUUAUAACACCUUUUGCUGCCAAGUUUAAAAAUAUCAGGAGUGCCACCACCAGCUGUGGUUAUGCUUAUUCAAGCUUGAAAGGUGGCGUUGGUGCUAGAAUUUCGUAUUUCCCCGAGGGAGCAUUUGAUAGCACAAACUUUGUUGAGUUGUCAUUUGCAACGGUGCAUUUGAACGCAUUUGAGGGUGAAUACUAUUAUCUUCAACGGAACAAGAACCUUUACAACAUCAUGCGAUCUUUGAAUUUUGGUGAUGGGUAUGGAUUAAUCAAGCCCAAGAAUCAUGUUUUUAUAUUGGGAGACAUGAACUACAGAACUACUCAAGAUUAUUCUACGACCAGUGCCGAGAGUCAAGAAUUGCUUUCGUUGAUUGAUGGAUCUAUUCUUGAUGCCAGCUAUUUUAAAAAAGUGGAAACUCUAGUCGACAAGUACGAUGAAUUGAAAAUGAGUAUGAGGAAUGGAGACGUGUUGCAAAACUUUUCCGAAGGUAGGAUAACGUUUCCACCAACAUACAAAUUCCAUGUGAAUACGGCAAUUUACAACACAAAGCGGUCUCCGUCGUGGUGCGACCGAAUUGUUUAUCUUUCCUCGUACGAAGAAGUUGGCAAAGACAAUUUGGGACAGCAGUUGUUGAAAUUGCCUCAUGGAGGUAAAUCUGACAAUGAGGAAAGAGUAGGUAAUUAUCUCCCCGUGGUUAAAGAGUACAACUCAUUAGAAUCGCUUUUGAUGUCAGAUCAUCGUCCAGUUUAUCUUGAAAUGACAGUUCCGUUCAAUCCACCAAAGCUGGUGAUAUCUUCCUUGUCCGGUUGUUUGCAGAUUCUACCUGCCGGUUUAAGAUCAGAUAUCUCAUUUGAUGGGUUCUCGCUGCUUGAAGCUCUUGAACGUAGUUCCAAUGUGGUUAGCGGGCCAACCACAAUAUAUUUGAAACCAACAACGCUCGAUGGAAUUACUCAAACAUUGAUCCGCCCAUUGUCAAAUUCAAUCAUUGGGUAUGGUCUAUGGUUAGGACUGACGAGACAAGGAAGGAUAUUUCUGGUGGUGGUUGUAAUCUCGUUUUGGGUAAUUUUCCGAUUCUUUUAG